AUGAAGAUUCUCUCAUUCUGUGACAGCUCCAGAGCCAGCUCCUCUCUCCCUGGUUUUAUUAUUUUCUUCUUUACUUGUUAUGUUCACAAGAUGGAAUCAGCAAAGUUCACAGUGAUUGGACCCCGGGGCCCUGUCACCGCCAUCCUGGGUCAGGAAGCUGUGUUACCCUGUCACCUGUCCCCCUCGAUGAGCGCUGCAAACAUGGAGGUGAGAUGGUUCCGAUCUCAGUUUGUAUCCUUUGUGCACCUGUAUCGUGAUGGGAAGGAUCAGUAUGAAGGGCAGAUUCCAGAGUAUCGGGGAAGAACAGAGCUUUUAAAAGCCAGACUCACAGAUGGAAACGUUCUCUUGAGGAUUCUCAAUAUCAGACACUCUGAUGAAGGACAAUACCUGUGUUUUGUUCAAGACGAUACUUUUUAUGAAGAAACUGUAUUGGAACUGCAGGUAGCAGAUCUGGGCUCUGCUCCUCUCAUCUCUGUUGAGGGUCACCAGGAUGGAGGGAUCCGGGUGGUUUGUCGAUCAGCUGGUUGGUACCCAGAGCCUGUGGUGCUGUGGAGAGAUCUCAGUGGGCGUCAUUUACCAUCACUCUCUGAAACAAAAUCCCGAGGCGAUAACAACCUGUUUGAAAUAGAAACUGCACUCAUUGUGAAAAAACAUUCAAACCAAAACUUGUCCUGUUGCAUCAGGAACACCAUUCUCAAUCAAGAAAAGGAAUCAGCAGUUUAUAUAGCAGAUUCCCUUUUCCCGAGGGUGAAUCCCUGGAUGGUGGCUCUGAGUGUGAUCCUGAUGGUUUUGUUUGGUUUCAUUGGCCUCACUGCUUAUCUCUUUAAAAUGAAAGGGAAACUUACAGAAGAAGUCGAUCUCACUGUAGAUGAUAUUGUCAAUAGAGGUGGCCACGUGACUCUGGAUCCAGACACGGCUCAUCCCAACCUCAUCCUGUCUGAGGAUCGGAAAAGUGUGAGAUGGGGAGACACACGGCAGCAUCUGCCCGGCAAUCCUGAGAGAUUUGACUCUGAUCCCUGUGUGCUGGGCUAUGAGGGAUUCACCUCAGGGAGACACUCCUGGGAGGUGGAGGUGGGGGAUGGAUUAUUCUGGGCUGUGGGGGUGGCCAGAGAGUCUGUGAAGAGGAAGGAAGGGGUCAGUUAUAACCCUGAGGGCGGGAUCUGGGCAGUGGAGCAGUGCUGGUGGGGUCAGUACCAGGCUCUCACCUCCCCUGUGACCCCCCUGCCCCUGAGCUGGGUCCCCAGGAGGAUCCGGGUUUGUCUGGACUGUGACCAGGGGCAGGUGACAUUUAUCGAUGCUGGUGACGAGGCCCCGGUCUUCACUUUCCCACUGGGCUCCGUCCCUGGGGAGAGAAUCCGACCCUGGUUCCAGGUGGGGUGGAGAUCCCAGCUCAGACUGUGUCCCUGA